GUGGUGCUACGGGGGCACCGGAAGCGGGGGGUGGUCAUGCUGCGGGUUGGCCGGUGCCGGGCGGCGGCUGCGCUGCGGCGGGCGGCGAGCGGCGGCGGGAGGCAAGAGCAGGAUUCAGCGCGGCCGCAGGCGCCGGAGCCGUCGCUGCUGCGCUUCCUGGUGUGCCCGCUCUCUAAGCGGCCACUGAGGUAUGAAGAAGCUACCAACGAACUCAUUAACGAGGAGCUGGGCAUCGCGUACCCCAUCAUCGAUGGCAUCCCGCAUAUGAUCCCUGAGGCUGCCAGGGCGACUCGGAAGGAGCCUCCAGCUGAGCACUCGCAGCAGCCCUGA